AUGGGCGUUGUCAAGAAACGUGAUUCAUGUUUAUCAAUCAGGCCGAAACUAAUCGUUUGGGACUUCGACCUGACAGUUCUUUCGAUUCACUCGUGGGCUGCCGGCAUUCGCCAAAAGGAUGUCGCGGACCGGACGCUGUAUGACGACGUCGCGGAUCUUGCUUUCUUUAGACAUUUUGUUCAGCGUGCCCUUGAGCAGGGGUUUGCAGUCGCAAUAGCCUCUUUUGGUCAAUAUGAGGUUAUUCAAGCGUACAUGGACAGGAUCGUGGGCAGAGGUGUUUUCAAUCGUGAGAACAUUGCCACCCCGUCUAAGUUCGGAAGCAAAGACGGUCGCGCGUUAAGAGGGGGGAAAGUUCCGAUGCUUAAGUCACUGGCAUGCAAAAUGUUGCGAGCAUCCCCUCAGGAACUUAGUCUCCGCAAAUCUGACAUAAUAUUUUUUGACGACAGUUGGGACAACGUGUGUGGUGCAAUUGAAAAUGGCUUCAUCCACUCCGUUCUUGUGGAUUGUAGGGGAUUCUGCGAACAGCUUUGGAAUGAAGUAAAGUGUCCGUUGGGAAUGGAUAAUUUCUGUGAUGCGAGUAAGUUGGAUGAUUCUUUGGCAUAGAUUUCAUCACACGUUUCCUCCCCGAAGCAAAUGAGGAAACUAAAAUGGCUUUACCAAGAUGUUGCGAAUAUCAUCACAAAUUGAAGGCUACUGGCACACGACGCACGCACAGACAUGUGGCAGAACACAGAUUUGGUAAUGGAUGAAGUCAUAUUGACCUGAAGUCUCGGUGUAGAACCCUAAACCCUGAACACGAAUCAUUUCCUUAGCGCCGUGAGUUCUUUUGACUCUUUCAAGGUCACGAUUCUGUUCAAAACGGGCUUUUGCACGCUUGAGUCCUUGUCUACCGUGAAGUAACCAAGCCGCUGAAGCUGAAAUCGAGAUGUCAGUGGACUUCCAGCGAUCUCACGUAUGAGUGGCUCCAGCAAAGCAUUCUGGUGAACAACAAGUGAGCAAGGGUUCAGCUGCGUCAACCAAUCGACUCCUCCAUCUUCGAGCUGUUCCGCUACCUCAUCCGCCGCAAUUUCAGUCGCAACUCUUUUACCAGGCACCUCAACUGAAAAAAGUUUAUCAUAUACACGCACCUCACCGUGAACAUAGUCUGAACCAGCCCAGUGUAAAGUACCUUUCGGAGGUUUCGAACCGAGGGAAUUACGAUCAUAUGUAGCCUCAAGGGAAACUAUAGCACCCGCCGCGUCCUUUUGGAGCCCAACACAAGUUAUAUUAUAUCCAAAUAGU